AUGCUGGGUCCACGGCCCCGAAGCCCCGAGGACUAUCUGCUGCAAGAUGUACUCAACCCCGCCAAACGCCCCUGCCUCCGUGAGCCCGGCUGCCCGGAAUGGCUGGCACAGCCAGACCUGGAAGACCCCAGCGGGCCCACCUGGGAGGAGCCCAACUUGGUGGUGGUCCUGCCCGCUGGAUUCACCCUGAAACUCCACCUGGAAGGCGUCAACCUGCUGCUGGAGCCCAACCCCACCUCGAUCGUGCAGGUAUCGCUCCCUGGAUGCACCAUCACCCUGGUUCGGGAAGACCUGCUGGUGCCUGGACAGCCUGGGGUCUGGCCCUGCACCCCGCAGGGAGCCGCUAUCAUGGACAUGCCCCAAGAACACCUAGUACUUCUGCACCUGGGAUCCGCCACUGCACCUGGAUCACACAUCGAAGGUCCGGGAAACGCCGCUCAGCCAGGUGAGGUCUCUUACGAAGACUUCAUGGUGCCAUGGACGCAUGCUCCAGCUGACAUGGACCCGGGUCUCUUUGACUCCUUCACUGGGAUGCUCAGCCCCUUGUUUGACAGGCCCUGGAUGGAAUCCCCUCUUAGUGGAGGGAGGUAUGCUCCCUGGUCCAACUGGAGCCUCAGAGAGAGCAUGCUGGAGCCUCUGCCCAGCUCACCACUGCAGCCUCUGCCUCCAUCUCCUCCGACAAGUCCGCAAGCCCAGCGCCCUCAGAGUCAUCAGAAGCUUCCACAUUCUCCCUGCAAGGCCAGGAAGCGCCUUUUCUAG